AUGGCAUUUUUUUUGUCUCAAACAAAAUACAUAAAAGACAUUUUGAGUGAAUAUGGUUUCACUAGAUGCAAACCUCUUAGAUUGCCCAUGGAUACUCAUGUCAAGCUCACUCACAAUCAUGGUGUCCCUAUGAGCAUUCCAGAACAACAUCAAAGGUUGAUUGGGAAACUGAUAUACUUGACAAUUACAAGGUCAGACAUUUCAUUCACUGUCCACACUUUGAGUCAGUUCACAAAUACUCCUACCUCUGUUCAUUUCCAUGCUGCCAAAAGAGUUAUUAGAUAUCUCUCUGGAUCUAUAUCUCAAGGAAUUUUGCUUCCUUCACACUCAGCAGCAAGGCUAACAACAAACUUUGAUGGUGAUUGGGCAGGCUGCCCUAUCACUAGAAAAUCUACAAUAGGAUUUUAUGUUCUACUUGGUGACUCACCAAUCUCAUGGAAGGCAAAGAAGCAAGCUGUUGUUGUUAGUGGCGUAUCCAGGAUCUGA